GGGCUUGGAAUUGGACUUGGGAUUUUGCAUCUCACUUUAAAUGGGUUCUAGUUUCGUCUUUCAGAAUUCAGUGGCAGAAAUUUGGGAUAGAAAAUGAAACUUCUGGCGACGUCGUCUUCCAAAGCCCCGGUCAAGUUCAGAAUGCCAACAGCUGACAACUUGGUCCCAAUUCGAUUGGACAUAGAAACCGAAGGCCAGCGUUAUAAAGAUGCUUUUACCUGGAACCCUUCUGAUCCCGAUUCUGAAGUUGUGGUGUUCGCCAAGAGAACUGUUAAAGACUUGAAACUUCCUCCUCAAUUCAUUACUCAGAUUGCUCAAUCCAUUCAGUCCCAGCUUACUGAAUUUAGAUCAUAUGAAGGCCAAGACAUGUACACUGCUGAGAAAAUUGUUCCCAUCAAGCUUGAUCUUCGAGUCAAUCAUACUCUCAUCAAGGAUCAAUUUUUGUGGGACUUGAACAAUUAUGAGAGUGACCCUGAAGAUUUUGCUAGAACCUUCUGCAAAGAUUUGGCUAUUCAAGACCCUGAAGUUGGGCCUGCAAUCGCCUUUGCAAUCCGGGAACAGCUAUAUGAGAUUGCAAUUCAGAGUGUAGCUUCAGCUAGAGAAAUUAAAAUAAGCAAGAAAGGUCGUAGGGGAGUUGAACACUUUCCAGCUAGUAAAGCUGGUGGAAAUGCACUGGACUUGAUGAAGUUAUUCAGAUACAAUUCAAGUGUAGUUAGGAAAAGAAAGGAGUGGGAUGUAUACGAGCCAAUUGUUGAUAUUUUAUCAAAUGAGGAAGUGGAUGCCCUUGAAGCUAGCGAAGAAAGAAACACCCGCUGAGCUGAGACAUCAAAAUUAGAGAAAGAGCAAAACAAAGUUGUGAAGAUCACUAAUUGAUUGGGAGCUAACUCUAUGAGAUGUUUGUUGUCAGAGAUCUUAGUCUGGGACUUGUAUGCUUUUUUCUUGGGACAGAAUGUUUGAAACCGUUAAUUGUAGGGUCUGAUUGGGGUAAUUCAACUUGCCAUCUUGUAUUUUCUUUUUACUUUGCAAAUUAAAUAGCCUGAAGGGACAAUGUUUGGCAGCAAAUAUUGUGUGCGUUGAAAUGCCUACACAUGAUGUAGAGUAUGUAUACAUUGUAUGAGUUGGAACCUUGUUGGUAUAUUGAUGAGAAAAACUGAAUUGAAUUUCGUGAAUAAGUAGAGAAAUUUGUAGUUAA